AUGACUCGGAAGAAAGUGAAGCUCGCGUUCAUCAGCAACGACUCGGCUCGUAAGGCGACGUUCAAGAAGAGGAAGAAGGGUUUGAUGAAGAAGGUGAGCGAGCUGAGCACGCUGUGCGGGAUAGAGUCGUGCGCGAUCGUGUACAGCCCGUACGAGUCGCAGCCGGACGUGUGGCCGGACGCGCGGGGGGCGGGGCGCGUGGUGGCGCAGUUCAAGCGGAUGCCGGAGAUGGAGCAGAGCAAGAAGAUGGUGAACCAGGAGUCGUUCAUCCGCGGCCGCAUCGCGAAGGCGGCCGAGCAGCUGAAGAAGCUCCGCAAGGAGAAUCGGGAGAAGGAGGUGACGCACCUCAUGUACCACUGCCUCACGGGCAAGGGCGGCCUCCACGGCCUCGGCCUGCCCGACCUAAACGACGUCGCUUGGAUGCUCGAUUACAACCUCAAGGAGAUUUACAAGCGGAUCGAGGCGAUCGGGAAGGAUCGCGCGGCGCCGGCUGCGGCUGCGGCGGCGCCGGAGGAGAGGACGCAGCAGCAGCAGAUGUUUGCGGAGUGGAUGGGGAAUCCCGGCGGCGAUCAGCAGAUCGGAGGGGAGGAGAUGAUUGUGCCGUUUAACGAUGGUGGAAAUCAGGGUGUUUCUCUUUGGUCUAAUGCAUUCUUCUCUUGAGGUUUUUUUCUUUUUUUUGAA